UUGCUGCCUCUUUCCUAGACGCCCGGAGAAGCCUGGAGAAGCCAGCUCCGGAGGGAGGCAGAGUGGCAAGGAGGGAGGGAGCUGGAGGAGAGGAGGAGAGGAGGAGGACCCCGCGAGGGAGGCGGCGGCCCGGAAGGAGGGGCGCAGCGGCUGAGCCACUAGCAGCACGGCCGCGCGUCUCUCCAGAUACUCCCGGAGCUCCUGCCGCGCGCAGCGCGCCUGCACCGCUCUGCCCGCAAACUUGAGUUGCAGCGACAUUCCAAGCCAUCUCAUUUAUUCCCCCAAAUCAGAAGCUGAGCCGCGACACGGGGAAGGAGUUCGCGGAGGAGUAAAACAACAGCCGAGCAAGAAGCGAUUCGGAGAGCAGCCUCCCCCGAGCAACAGCUCGGCGUCAAGAGUGCAGAAACCAACAAGUGAGGAGGCGCCGCGUUCUCGGGGCGCAGUCGAGGACCCGGGAGCAGGCACAGGAGGAAGCAACGAGUGCCUCCGAGCCCGAGGCGAGGUCGCUGCGGCUGCUCUGCUCUAAGUCCCUCUGCGCGGGCUGCGCCGGGCGCUGGGCAAGAGGCUUCGUUUCACCCUGGUUGCAAGCGGCGGCAGGGAGCAGCCGGUUCUCGGGGGAAUAUGCGGCGCGCUUGGAUCCUGCUUACCUUGGGCUUGGUGGCCUGUGUGUCGGCGGAGUCGAGGGCAGAGCUGACGUCUGAUAAAGACAUGUACCUUGACAACAGCUCCAUUGAAGAUGCUUCAGGAGUGUAUCCUAUUGAUGACGAUGACUAUGCUUCUGCAUCGGGCUCGGGAGCUGAUGAGGACAUAGAGAGUCCUGAGCUGACAACAUCUCGACCACUUCCAAAGAUACCGCUCACUAGUGCUGCUCCCAAAGUGGAAAUCACCACGCUGAAGGUACAGAACAAGGUACCUGCUCAGACGAAGUCACCUGAAGAAAUUGAUAAGGAAAAAGUUCACCUGUCUGACUCAGAAAGAAAAAUGGACCCAGCUGAAGAGGAUACAAAUGUGUAUACUGAGAAGCACCCAGACAAUCUGUUUAAAAGAACAGAAGUCCUGGCGGCUGUCAUUGCUGGUGGAGUUAUCGGCUUUCUUUUUGCAAUUUUCCUUAUCCUGCUGUUGGUGUAUCGUAUGAGAAAGAAGGAUGAAGGAAGUUAUGACCUUGGAGAGCGCAAACCAUCCAGUGCUGCUUAUCAGAAGGCACCUACUAAGGAGUUUUAUGCGUGAAACUCCCACUUAGUGUCUCUAUUUAUGAGAUCACUGAACUUUUAAAAAUAAAGCUUUUGCAUAGAAUAAUGAAGAUCUUUGUUUUUGUUUUUUCAUUGAAGAGCCAUUCUGGCAUUUUAAUGAUAAAAUCCCAUUGUAUUUAAAACUUCAUGUAUUUCUUUAGAACAACAUAAAAUUGAAACAUCUGCAGUGUUCUGUGAAUAGCAGUGGCAAAAUAUUAUGUUAUGAAAAUUCUCAAUGUUCAUGGAAUCAGUUUAGACUUUUAUGUGCAAAUGCGAAGUGUGAUUGUUUUUGUUCAAUGGUUCGAAGAUGAAAGCUGUUUAAUUUGUGUUAGCAUGUCUUCAAUUGAUCUUAGGAAGUUGGUCUUACUUUGUUAAUUUAUCUGUUGUUCCCCUCUUCUCUGCUCUCUCCUCUUGUCCCCUGGAAAACAAAACAAAACUCUAUGCCUUCUAUAGCUGUUAUGGUGCAAUUUGUCUUUGGAUAAUUCAGAUAAUGGUAAUUUAGUGUAUAUGUGAUUUUCAAAUAUGUAAACUUUAACCUCCACUUUGUAUAAAUUUUUAAGUGUCAGACUAUCCAUUUUACACUUGCUUUGUUUUUCAUUACCUACAGAUUUGCAACAGCAAAUUAAUGUGUAAAAUUGGAUUAUUACCAGAAAACUGUUUAGUCAUAUCUAUCUAAUCAGGUCUUCUUUUGGGAGGAUUUGAUGUGAGUUUCUGACAAGCCUCAGCAAACCCAAAGAUGCUAACAGUAUUUUGAGAAGUUGCUGCAGAUUCCUUUGGCCACUGUAUUUGUUAAUUUCUUGCAAUUUGAAGGUACGAGUAGGGGUUUAAGGGAAAAAAAAUCAGUUUUUGUUCUUAAAAUGCUUUUAAGUUGUAAACGUCUUUUUAAGCCUUUGAAGUGCCUAUGAUUCUAUGUAACUCGUCACAGACUGGUGUUAAUGAGUAUAUAUAACAGUUUAAAAAGUUGGUAUUUUAUAAGCACAGACAAUUCUAAUGGUAACUUUUGUAGUAUUACGAAUAGACAUAAAUUGUAAUUUGGGAACAUAAAAACUACUGAAUAAAUCAUGUGGCCUAAUAUUGAAAAUGUCACUGUUAUAAAUUUUGUACAUUUUGAUCAAAUGUACAUCUCCCCUUUGCUAGUAACCGUCUUCUCUCAAGGAUGACAUGGGUUUGAUUUCUGAGUGUUCCACAACGUCUGCAAAUCAAAACCAAAGAACUCAUCAUUGAGGCUGUUGCAGAUUCGCCUCCGAAUCAACCAGAGGAAAUCUGAAGAUAUUGUCCUGUGUGUGUUGGGGUGUAGAUAUUGAAAGACUGCCAGGGCGGGAGUUGUGAAGUUUGCAACCUUUAUAGGAGAGCUGAUGGCAAUGUUGAGACAGAUGUCUGCUUUUGCAAACUACUUUUAGGGCUAUAAAUUCCAAAGAACUGAAGGGGCUUCCUUGACGUCGGUAUCUAAGGUUUAGUUUUGUAGUUUGAUUUACCUUUGAACUGUGCUCCAAAUCUCUCCUGAAGCUAAUGAAGUACUAAUAGAUGGGAGGGCAUGGAGGCUCUGCAUUAAAAAGAGGUCCUCACUGUUUAGGAUUGAAAUUGCUGGCAAGCCGUUAUGCCUGAGGAGGAGACAGAAGUCUGAGGGUACCCUGCCUGGGUACUUCUUUCUAACUGAACAAUUUCUUUUUCUAUUUUACCAUUAACAUUGUUUAAAAUUAUGAGCCACCAAAGUAUACCUUUCCAACAUAUAAUUUACUUUUAAUAAAGUAUGACUACUUCAUAUAGAUAGAAAACAGUCCCUGGAAUUGCCACAGGACUCAUUUAAACAACGAAAUUUAAAGCAACACUUGGAACAGUGUUUACUUAAAUUCUUAAUGGCCUUAAUUCUCACAUUCCUGCCCCAUCACGUACAGAAUCGAUUAAAAGGAAGUGAUAGCACCUUCUGAAGCGACACGAUGUCCCUCAGUUACAGAGGUUCAGAGAAUAGUGGGCAGCCCUCUAACAGUGCAACGCAGAAUGAAAUUCAGUUCAUAGAAUAACAACUGUUUGGGAUAUCUAUGCCAGGAAAAGAAAAUUUCUGGCAAAUAUUUUGUCACUGCUGUAAAGCAAAAUAUUUGUUAAAGUGCCAAAAUAAAGCCUGUCAUGCUGAAAGUAAACAAAAUCA